CCUGGCUGAAAAAUCACAGAAGAGAUAAUAAAAAUAAAAUAUGAGUAUAAAAUUUUAAAAUUAAUUAUUUUUUCUCUCUCUUUCCUCUCAUAUUCGCAAAUUUUCUCUGAAAAUUUUCUCUCUUUUCAGAGAGAAAAUCAUCAAUGGAUUCAAAAUUAAUAAUCGUUGCUGAACUUCCGAAUUCGCUAUCUCCUAUUCGGCAGUUCCCUUGUUUUCAGAUACGUCGUAGUUUUUCUUGUUCUUCUAGAACCUUUCAACGUUCUUGUGAUGGUGAAACUUUGGUUCUUCGCCGAUGUUUAUCUGCGGCCGCCUUCAAUAACAACAGUACUUUGAUGAGUACUCCUACGCCGGAUAAAAAUGGAGUAUAUAUUGUUGGUGAUUUUAUGACCAAAAAAGAGGAUUUAGUUGUUGUAAAACCUUCAACAACAGUGGAUGAAGCUCUAGAAAGUCUCGUGGAGUACAGAAUUGCUGGGUUUCCUGUGAUAAAUGAUGAUUGGGAGUUGGUGGGUGUAGUGUCAGAUUAUGAUCUGUUGGCUUUGGAUACCAUAUCAGGUUCUGGACUGGCAGAUACUAGCAUGUUUCCUGAGGCUGACAGCAGUUGGAAAGUAUUCAAUGAGAUCCAGAUGUUACUCAAUAAAACAAAUGGUAAAUUGAUAUCUGAUGUGAUGACACAAGUUCCCGUCGUUGUUCGUGAAACUACAAAUCUUGAAGAUGCUGCAAGAUUAUUGCUUAGGACAAGAUAUCAUCGACUCCCAGUUUUGAACGCUGAUGGAAAAUUGGUGGGAAUCAUUACAAGAGGAAAUGUCAUAAGAGCUGCUUUGCAGAUAAAACGUGAGAAUGAGCAGGAAGCCCAAUAAUUAGGAGUCAAAGGGACAUAUGAUUAUCCAAAAUCUCCUGGUGGAUGGUUUUAGUAUGUUACACAUAAAGGUGGGCAUGUCUUUGCCUUUUUUAUUAUACAUUUUUGUUUUUGCUAUACAGCAUUUAAUGUUUUCUCAUAGCUAGCUAGUGUUCGUAAUUUGUAUAAAUAUAUACUUCUCAAAUUUCAAUUGAAUUGAAGGCUUCGAUGCUGUCCUCGAUUAAAUUAAAGUUGUGUAUUCUAGCAAUUACUUAUUUAUGAAAUU